ACCAUUGGCUACCUGCACAGUCUUCGGACAUUUGCAGCCGAUGAGAACUUCCUGACUGAGCUGCCCAGGGAGAUUGGAAACUGCAGGAAUGUUACGGUCAUGUCCUUGCGCUCCAAUAAAAUAGAGUUUCUGCCUGAUGAAAUUGGACAGAUGACAAAGCUACGUGUUCUCAAUCUAAGUGACAAUAGGUUAAAGAAUCUUCCCUUCACUUUCACUAAAUUGAAAGAUCUUGCUGCACUCUGGUUAUCUGACAAUCAGUCCAAGGCCCUUAUCCCCCUUCAAACAGAGGCUCACCCUGAGACCAAACAGAGAGUUCUUACCAACUACAUGUUUCCUCAGCAGCCCCGGCACGAUGAGGAUUACCAGUCUGACAGUGACAGCUUUAAUCCCACUCUCUGGGAGGAACAGAGACAGCAGAGGAUGACGGUGGCAUUUGAGUUUGAGGACAAGAAGGAAGAAGAGGACAACUCAGGAAAAGUGAAGGUUGAGAUUAAUCUGAAGCGCUAUCCCACCCCUUACCCAGAAGACCUAAAGAAUAUGGUGAAGUCAGUGCAGAACCUGGUGGGUAAAACCACUCACCCCCUCAACACUGAAAAAUGUUCUUCUGGGACCAAUAUGGAGCUCCACAGCCAAGACAAGUAUGAGCCCAAGUGGCCCAUUGCUCCUAAGGAGGUGACAGAACGUGAGGUCAAAGACUUUUCGAAACCACCAAUGUCCGAACAAGGUGUCAUCCUCAACUCAGCCAUUGACAUCCCAAAACGCAAAGACAAAGAGGAUCUGACCGAGAGCUCAGAAGACUCCAUGGGAGGCUCCCCUAAUGAUAUCCGAAUUUCUGACAUGCGGCCGACUUUGGUAGAGCCAGCAAUGUACAAACCAAAGGUUGUGUUACUGGGCAAGGAAAAAAAAGAGUCCACCGAUGAGUCUGAGCCAGACAAAAUGCAUUGUUUGAAUAACAGCGGAUCAUCUGCCACUUAUUCAGACUACUCACCCUCCCAGGGAUCAUCUGGCUCCUCCAACCCACCUGGAAAUGUCAGUAAUCUGCAAACAUCUGGGAAAGAGGGGCCAUCACAGACUCACUGGACCAACAGGCUGGCUCAGUCUUUUCCAAAGCCCAUUGAAAGUAAGCCCCUUCUGAGCCAGAGGGAAACACCUCCUUCCAGCACGCUGCAGCAACGAGGUGAGAGGCGGCCACUGAGCGACACCUUCGACAGCUGGAACGAUGCCCCCCACUACGAUAACACAGGUUUUGUUGCAGAGGAGACGUCUCUUGACACUCCGAGCAGCAGCGCUGGAAACCCCAUGCUAGGCUCAAAGCCCCGGAGUGCCUCAAUGGCACAUGGCCGGCGGCCUCUCAUGAGACAAGAGCGCAUUGUGGGAGUUCCUUUAGAGCUCGAUCAGUCGCAACUCACUUUCCACACUGUUCGCACCACCCCUGAAACUGAAGUGCCUCCUCCCUCUAACCCCUGGCAGAACUGGACGAGGACUCCCAGUCCCUUUGAGGACAGGACAGCUUUCCCUUCCAAGUUGGAAAUUACUCCAGCCAACAGCCCCAAUCCUGAUCGUAAGGACUUCGAACAGGAGAUGGGGGAACUACCCGGCACUUUUCCCUCAAAUAGAGCCUGGGGGUUUCUGAACUCUACAGACUCAGGGAUGGGAAGAGGUCAUCCCAACAUUUCUGCGCAUGUCCAGGGUGUAAAAGAACUGAACAAAGUAGGCACUUUGGUUGUUAGCAAGAGUUCUGAAAGACUUUCGCCAAUGAUGAAGGAGGUAAAAGCGAAAUUUAAGAAAUCUCAGAGCAUAGAUGAAAUCGAUAUGGGGUCGUACAAGGUUUACAGCAUCCCCUUAGACAGCUACAGCUCUAGCAUAGAAAACCAGGGAAGUGUUGAUAGAGCGGACCUCCAUGUACCUCUAGAACAGAGCAUGUCUAGGAGCCAAUCUGCUCCAAUGCUGGACGAUGAUCUGGAUGGCUUUGGUUCGAAAAGCUCUCAGCAACAGAAGCCUGCCAUCCCAAAGAAAGUUUACCAUUUUGACCAAAGCUUCAACCCACAAAGAGCCAUGGAUAUUAUGAAAGCGGAGAGGAGAGUUCCUCCACCAUUCCCCAAUGCCCCGGAAUAUGUAAACCAACCUGGGAAGACGUUGGCAAAGGAACUUGUGAGUCCAAGAGGCUACCGAGGCUAUCCACCGAUGGAACAGAUGUUUUCAUUUGCUCAGACUGCAGUCACCGAUGAUGCCAUCAAUCCACAACACUUGGUCCAGCCCCAGCGCUCCAGGCCAGGCUUCCUGAGGCGCGCUGACUCUCUGGUAAGUUCGACAGAGAUGGCGCUGUUCCGCAGAGUAGCUGAGAACCAAGAACUGCAGCUGGCAGAGCACUACAACAGGUCUCAACAGAGCAUGCUGGAACAACAGAACAGCUUGGCUACCAUCACUGACACCCAGUUCCACAAGAGGAAUGGUAGGUAUGACGAAGAUUACUCGUCUUAUCAAGAACCCACAAAGCCCAUCAUGGGUUACCCCACCAAGAGUCUGACACAACGUCGCCCCCUGUCUGCACGGAGCUACAGCACAGAGACAUAUGGGGCAUCUCAGGCAAGGCCAGUGUCUGCCCGACCCACCAUGGCUGCACUGCUGGAGAAAUUGCCUUCAGAUUACAAUCUUAUUACAUGCACUGAGAAGAGCCCUGAAGCUGACAUGAAGAUGAGACCUGUCCCUCAAAAACAAGAGGACCCGACCUCCAAAAUGCCAGUAGAUUGGAGACAGCAGCUGCUUAGACACAUUGAAGCAAAGAGGCUAGACCGGAGCGCUGUCCUUAAGCACAACACAGUAAACUUCGGCAUGCUGUACUCUGGAGGCUAUGCUGCACCGCAUGCCAGCAGAAGCAUGACAAUAAACUUUUACAAUAACACAAAGCAUGAAAACCAAACAACUCAGUGGCUACCUCUACCAAAUACACCUUCACUACAGAGCAAUAUUUUAGAUAAUGGACAAGAGGUGGUUUCUCCAAGUAGCCAGUGGGCCCCGUAUUCACUGGGACGAAGAGACGUGCCUCCAGAGAACAUGAAUGUCAUCAAAAAGCCUGGUGUUCACAAUCAUCAUCAACAACAGACUAUGAUGAUAACCUCAGCCAACCCUCCCCACCGGACAGCCCGUGACCAGCAGUAUGAGGGGGCCAUCAACAAGGUGUCCAUCCAGCAGUACCAGUCACCUCUGCCCAUGCCCAUCACCACCACCAGCCCCCGGCCUCAGAGUGCCCGCUGCUUCAUCCAGACUAAAGGCCAGAAGAGUAUGGAUGGCUUUCCAGAGCAGCUCUGUGUGAGGAUCGAGAAGAACCCUGGCCUUGGUUUCAGCAUCUCAGGGGGAAUCAGUGGACAGGGGAACCCCUUCAAGCCCUCGGACAUGGGUAUCUUUGUUACUAGGGUACAGCCUGAUGGACCUGCCUCCAACGUUCUUCGACCAGGGGACAAAAUUCUGAAGGCCAACGGACAUAGUUUCUUACACAUGGAGCAUGAAACUGCAGUGUCUCUUCUGAAGAAUUUUCCGAAAACUGUGGACUUGGUAAUCUUAAGGGAGAGCACAAUAUAAAUAUUUUUAUAGCUUAAAGACUUCUCACCCAGAUGGAACACAGGAACUUGUACAUCUUCUUUUUAUCUAGGAACAAUUUUGCCAAUUGCUGGACCAAUGGCAAAUCCCAGUGCCAAAUGUACAUUAGAGGACAUAUAUAAUAACGUUACAUAUGGCUCACACAUUCUACACAAACAUACAUUGGUUGAAAUCUUUCGUUGAUGUUGCUGAUAUUCUUCUUUAUCUCAGCCUGUGGCUGUAAGUGGGUGCAUUUUUUCCUGCUUAUUUAUAUGGCGUAUUAUUUUGUACCUAUUUUUCCUAGCAGCUUUUCGGUUUAAUCUUGGAGCAUGAAAGCACAUCUGCUUUUAAGGACAUUUACCCACCAUAACACUGCCUCAACUUUGUAAAUGCCUUGUGUAAAUAUAUACAUUUACAACUCAAAUGUGUUGAGAGCGUAGAAUGUGAAUGAAAGACACAUUGAUGAUUUUCUAACACGUCGAUGAGUUUUUGUAACAACUUAGAAGAGACAUCCUUCUCACGAAAACAACAAUUUAGGGAAAUCGAAAAAGUCCCCUUUUAAUCUUGAUAAACCCUAACCUUCUGUAUUUGCACAAAUCAAAUGACAGAAAUGAAUCCCUAAGCAAUAUUUAUUCCAUUUGUGUGGUUUUCCUGCAGCACCCUCUAUUGGUAUUCAUGGGUUUUUCCUAGCCCCAGAUCAGGGUGGGUUUUGUUAAUUUGCUAAGUAAUGUGAAUGUACAUUUCCAUGUUUGUUUGUUUUUUUUUAAUUCUCACGUACCUUUGUUGGCUGCCAGGAAAAUUCUUACACAUGUGGCAGUUUAUUGGCAACACAGUUUUCUAUAUAAAAAUGUACUUUCAUAUCACAUACUACAGUUUAAGUGAGGAAAAAAGGCAAAAAAGCUUAAUUCCAGUUGCUUUGUUGUUGUUAUGCUGCUUUAAGGUUUUUAAAUAUUUUUUUAACGGAAUAACAAAGGGAAUUCCUGUCAUAAUAAACCGGACUAGAUACAGUGUACACAUGUAAGGCUUUACUGAUUAGAGCAUGCUUUCACUCUUAAACUUGUUUUAUUAGGAUGCUUAUUAGGGGUCAAUGUGUUUUGGACAAAGCAUUUUUACAUAACCAUUGUUUUACAUAUCUUUUGGCCUUUUUUUUUUUUUUUUUAAUUCGUCAUUGUGACAAACAUGCCAUAAUAUCCCUCAAAAAAAACAAAAUGAAACAAAAAAAACCCUGGGCAUGUUUCAAAUGUUGCUAAAAAUGUAGCAUUUAGAAGGAGUUUCGAGCCGAAAUGCACUCUGAAAGACCCCGACACAACAUCCACUGCAUUUAGCUUCAGAGAAAUAUAUGGAUGAUGCAAUUAAUUGUUCAAAUACUAUUGUGAAAGAACAUUUGAUAAUGAUUAUUUUUACUAAAUGUUUUCAAAUAAUGGUUUCUAAUAUAUUGAUAUAAUUAGCUAUGCUCAAAUUGUUAAAUUUUAUAAAGAACAAAUCCAAUGUAUGGACAGAGAGUUAGAUUGUGAAGGAAGGAAACACUAGAAACAAAUAUGUACAAUUCUUUCUAAAGUAACUGUGAAUUUGUGUCAUAAACAUAUAUAUGUAUAUGAAUAUCCAAAUGGUCAUUUUUGUAUGUGUUUAAAGACCUAUUGAAUAUAAAAGGUAAUAUAUGGUACUAUUCAGUCUAAUUGCAGUAUUGAUGUAAAUAACUAUGAAUGGAGACAUUUAAAUAAUUUAUUCCAAUAGAUUGUGAAUGUACUUAAAGCUUUCUGCAGUAUUAAGACUUACUGAACUUGAAUGCCGUUUCAUUUUUGUGCAAAAAGUAAUUAUAUCUAGAAGAAAUUAUUCAAUUUAGUUCAAAAGAAUUAGUGACAAUUUAUCAUAGCAUUUAUUUGCACAUGCAAGUUUACUCCUUCCAAUUUUUUUCUGUAUUACCGCAAAUAUGUAAUUGAUGACAUAUAUUCUGUGUCUAGAAUGCAUUUUGCAGAUGAUAUAUGUACAUACUUCAAAUAAAUUUUAGUUAAAAAAAAUUUAAAUAACAAACCUGUAUAAAAAGGAGAAGAAAGUCCAAUGCUGUUCAGCAAAUAUUGGAGCCAUUUUCGGCUUUGGAGUACAGAUUUUUUUCAGUAUCUAAGAGGUGUUUUGAAUAAUGUAUCUUUAUUGU